AUGUCGGCUACGGAGCAAGCACUCAGGCUGCCCGAGCUGCUGCUGGCGGUCUUCGAGCUGAUGGUGAGCGACCGCAGCUUGGUGCCUACAACCCAAGUAAAUCGGGCCUGGUUCGACUGCGCCACGAGUAUCCUGUGGAGAAAAGUUUACUCCCGUGUGCUUUAUCGCGUGGCAGAGCAUCGGCGCCAGAUCUACGCCUCCAAGAUUGAGAGGUUGGAGUUCGAUGGCGAGGAGGCCCAUAUCCACGAAGCCUUCCAAGGUCUUCAGUUUAACCAUCUAAAAACAGUCACUCUGGAUCUCUUCAAUCCUCCGAAAGGCGGUUCCACUUGUCUUCGACAGUAUAUCCAGCCGACUCUGCAGACCUUCAAUUUCUGCGGUGGCGAUCUCGACGAUGAGUUUCUCCUCCAGAUGAAGGCUACCUGUUCGCGUCUUCGGGCCGUCACCAUCAAUCUCCCUGGACCUCGUGUGACGCCAUCUGCCUUCUUAGGCUUCAUAUCGGGGUUAGAAUGCCUUGAGGAUGUGAACCUCAACGACAUGGAAGGCCUCCUCUCUGAUGCCAUGUUCCUCGACCUGGCUGGGAGGAGCAAUCUUCUUCGUCUCAGUUGGGGAACAUCGAUUCCGCCGAGACUGAUCACUCGGACCUCCAACGAAACAGUUGCUCCGUUCAAGAGCGUCCGCAAGUUGACGACAUCGGUGUCUACUUCUUCCGUCGCGUGGAUCUCACAAAACAUGGUUCAUCUGACGCAUCUCAUUCUGAAGCUCGAGGAUUACAAGGAAGAUGUAUUGAAACCUCUACCGAAGCUGCCAAAUUUGAAGCGUCUCAGGUUUUCAUUCGAGCCGCGGACCGUACUGUCGACGGAAAGCUUGGUGGCUCUACGAUCACUCAACAAGCUGGAGACGCUCGAUCUGGCAUCUAAGAGUAGAGGCAUGAAAGUCUAUAAUGCGCGCGGCGGCACGUUCCAAAAUCCCGACUUUGAGAAUCUCAUCUCCGGCCUGCCACUGUUGCGACAGUUGUCAUUGGUGAUCGAGGCACAAUUAUCCGUCAGAGCGGGCGCGAUUCUUGCGAAGCACUGUCCCUUGAUUGAAGAAUGCAAUAUUUUGAAAAACUUUGAUACUCGGUUACUCAUGGCCCUGGCCCCCGAGGACAAGCCCAUGUUUCCGUUUCUGCAGAGGUUGAAUGUCCGCAGGGCUACAUUCGACCGCCAUGAAGAGCCUCAAACUCUCGACCUCAACCAGCCGACCCUCAACCAGCCGGCGGAACCAUUCCCGGAACCACUUGUGUAA